CACUUCCUCUGUAAAGUAUCAGUCACAGCCUCUGCAUCCACAUACCCUGACCGGCUGGAGAACCCUACUCACCCUCGCCAUGCUGUGUUGCAGACUUUUCACCUCUAUUGGGUGUACAAGGACCGUGUUCUCGUGAAGACCUUCAUGGAGUGCAAGAAGAGGAGCUUGGUCAACCGGUGCCAGGUCAACCACAUGCUGGGCCCCAAGAAGAACCAGGCCCUGCCCUUCGUGCCAAUGUCCUACCAGCUGUCCCAGACCUACUACAGGAUUUUUACGUGGCAGUUUCCAAGCACCAUCUGCAAGGAGUCAUUCCAGUUUUUGGACAGAAUGCAGGCUGCCAGCAAGUUGGACCAGCCUGAUCAUUUCUCUUUCAAAGACCAGGAUAAUAACGAGCCCACAAAUGACAUGGUGGCCUUGGACGGCCCUGGAGGAAGUUGUGUGGCCGUCCUGACCCUCUUCUCUCUGGGCCUUAAUUCCGAGGACGUCAGGAUCCCGGAGCAGAUCAUCGUGGUAGACAGCUCAAUGGUGGAGAAUGAGGUCAUCAAAAGCUUGGGGAAGGACGGCAGCCUGGAAGAUGACGAGAAUGAAGAUGAAGACUUGGGCGAAGGCGUCGGGGGCAAGUGCCGGAGCAUGGAGGUGAAACCCACCCAGGCCUCCCACAGCAACUACCUGCUGAUGAGGCGCUACGGCUCCCCCGGCAUCGUCAGCACCCGCAACCUCAACCCCAACGACAGCAUCGUGGUCAACUCCUGCCAGAUGAAAUUCCGGCUCUGUUGCACCCCUGUGCCCGUCCGGCUCAGGCUCGCUGCCGCUCCUCUGGAAGAGCUAACAGUGGGAACCUCCUGCCUCCCUGACACGUUCACGAAGCUGAUAAACCCCCAGGAAAACACCUGCAGCUUGGAAGAGUUUGUCCUCCGGCUGGAGCUCUCUGGGUAUAGUUCCGAAGACCUGACUGCCUUGGAGAUCCUGGAAGCCAUUGUAGCCAUGGGUUGUUUUGGGAUCGACAAGGAGGAGCGGCGCAGACGGUUCUCGGCUUUGGAGCAGCCAGGUGGUGGGCGUACCAGGACGUUCGCAGACUGCGUCCAGGGGAAGCCACUCUGCUCGUCCCCCAUCACCAGCGAGGAGGAUCCCUGGCUCUCCACAGACUGCACCUGUCUCCUGCCCCCGCAGGCCCUCCUGGAGCAGCAGCAGGUGCUGGAGGUUGGCAGCAGCACUGUGCGCCUGGUGGCCAUAGGCUCUGCCUGGCCCUGGCUCCUGCACUCUGUGAGGCUGAAAGACAGAGAGAAGGACACCCAUGCCCAGAGAGAAGACCCUCAGGCCAGACCCCUGGAGGGGUCUUCCAGCCAGGACGGCCCUCCUGUGGAGCAGGCACCCGCUUCUCACAGCCCCCAGGGCACCAAGAGGGUUCACAGAGAGUUUUGGAGCCAGCAGCAUCUCCCAGACAGUGCAGGAAAGGGACUGUGAGAGCGAUUCCUUCAUCGGCUGGCCAUGGCAUGUUGUGGACGGCCAUCUGAACCUGCCUGUGUGCAAGGGCAUGAGGGAGGCCGUGCUCUACCACAUCAUGACCAGGCCUGGCAUCCCCGGGAGCUGCCUGCUGCACGACUACCAGGGGGCUCUACAGCCCGUCGCCGUGCUGGAGCUGCUCCAGGGCCUGGAGUCCCUCGGCUGCAUCCGGAAGUGCUGGCCGUGAAAGCCGAGGACCAUCUCACUCUUCCCUACACCUGUGGUGGAAGAAGUGGAGGCGCCCUCUAGCCUGGGCGAGAACCCCAUGGCCUUCUACCAGCCCACCUUGGACUAUACUCUCCGGCUGGGCCAUGUGUUUCCCCAUGAGGUCAACUGGAACAAGUGGAUCCACCUCUAGGACCCCUGUGGGGGUCCUCUCCUCCCAGCCACUGCCUGCCAUGCCACCCUGCCUGGUGCUGGGCAGACGCCACCGUGCCCCGGCCUUGGGUCUGCCGAGCCUCCUGCAGCAGGGGACGGGUGCUCUGGCCAGAGCCACAGCCUGACACGUUUCCCACUCUCCUGGAACUCUGGAAAGAGGGGCUUCUCCACCUGCCAGUGCCCCAGGCUCUUCUGGGCCUGGCCCUUGGGGACUGGCCUCAUCACACCGGGAAUUGGUAAUCUUGUCUCGGGGUCUCUGGAGUUGGCCCUGCCUGUGCACACCUCACAUUCCAGGCUCCAGCCAUCAAGGCAGGGUCUCCUGGCUCCUUGAGAGCCCGAGUGCUACUGAGAGCAAGGGCCUUGUGGGGUACGCCUUGCAGAAGAGGGGCAGUGUGCCCAGCUGCCCAUGGGGACUGUGGUGCCUCCCCAGGCAGGACAUCCCAACCCCUGGGUGGGACUGAGACCCCCAGAGCAGAGCCUGGGGCUUCCUUUCUGGCCUGUGAGUCACCUGGCAGGCCCGGCUGGGCUGGCUCUCGUGUCCCUCCGCCUGGCUGCUGAUUCCCUGUGGGCCAGAAAUGAGUCCCUGUAGGUUUUGGUUUUGUUUGUUUUAUUUUGUUCUUUCACCUUUUUUCCUCAUUAAAAAAAAAAAAAAAAGUCCCUGUGGAGUGGAUUUAUUUAUUUUUUGAUUAAAGGGAAGUAAAA